GAUUGUUGUCUUGUUAAAAUUGUAUAGAUCCCGUGUACACAACCGAAUGAAGGCCACCCUGACCUUCUUCCGAUAUGUCGCUGAUCGUGUACCGCCAAUCACUUUAUAUGUAUGCUCCUUCCUUCCCUAUCAUACCUUCCUCUAUCUUUCUUGUAUCCUACUUCCCAAUCCCCUCAUCUUGCAGCCAAUCUUUCCUCCUCCUUGCCAGCAUAAACCUGAUCCAUGGAUAACAAUAGAUAAGCAUUGUGGGGGAAGAACUCCCGAUGGGCUAAAUCCGGAAACACAGCUCGAAUCGACGUGUAUCAAUCUAGCAAUCUCCUCAUUAUCUCUGGGUUAGUCAUAUACGACGACGUCAAGUGGAUUUCUUUCCAUUCCGGUUACGAUUUUGGCUACCAUGUUAAUAUUACGAGUUGUCUCCCCCUCCCUAUGGAGGAGAGUGGGUUUCGAAACUUUCUGAGCAAGUACUUCCCGGCGCUUUAUGACAUCUAAUUUCUUAUGAAGAGUUGCCCCACUCUCAAAGGUGGGUUGCAAGACAUUGUGGAAGAGAUGGGCGUUCCGUGGGUCGGACCGCAGUGCCAGGCGGGAAGUGAUAGCCUUUUGACUGCGAAUACCUUUUUCGAGAUGGCGGGAAAGUUCUUCGACGGGAAGGCUGAUGACGCCAAGUAUCUGUAGGUUAUACGAUCCAUAUGCUUGUAUGGAUUAAUAUCGUGUAUUGACAUCUACACGCAGCGCACAAGUGUGGGGCUUUAAUGGGUCAGGAAUUCCUCCACCAAAUAUCAACAGAGUCGGAACCGUUCUUUACAAUAAUGGCGUUCCCGUGCCAUCAACUCCCACAACCGACCGAAACGGCCAGAACCCAGCCACCCCCGGGAACACGACCUCCGCCAGCAGCAGCAACAGCAGAAUGGCCAACCAGGAACCCCCAUCCGGUACAACUUGCAGUACGGAAAGAUGGGAGGAAUGUCAAUUUGCCGCUGGUUGAAGGCAUAAACCAGGAAAUCGAAAUCAAAAACGCUGAAACUACAGGGCAGGUGAAGGCCGUGAUUUUUUUUCUUCUUUCCUCUAAUUCCUUUUCCUUUUUCUAAAAAUUAUGGUUUCGGGAUUGGUUUGCUUGGUUUGAUUGGCUGGUUGCAAGUUUUUCUCGUCUCCCUGUAAAUCGGUAUUUUGUUUUCCUGCAGGUCUCUCGAAGCCACAUACAACGUUGUUUUUUCUCACAUGUCGUUAUUGGACCCUGCUUAUUUAUUUAUUUUUUUACAUUUUUUCCUAAUUGGUAGCGAUAGUGUGCUGGGUGCGGUGGUGUACUGUAAUUGUAAGGGUUCUAAGAUAUGGGAUUUACUCUGGACUGAGUUAUCUGUUGUAGCAACUCACUUUUGUUGUUUUUUCUUAAUCUAUCUAUCUCUGGGAGUGGGACAUGCCUGAUACUUGUACUGGCAUAAGCAGUCACAGUCAAUCCCCAAUGAUGUCUAUGCUAGCUCAUAC